AUGCAGCUUGCCGAGGAGCUCGGGCGAACCUGCCAUGAAAGUUAUAUACGUACAGCAACACAUAUUGGACCGGAAAUGUUCUAUUUUAGAGGGGAUGACGAAGCCACUAGCAAGUACGGCGAAAAUGGUUACAUCCUAAGACCGGAAGUUAUCGAAGGCUAUUUUUAUUUAUGGAGAUUGACUGGUAAAGAGAAAUACCGCGACUGGGUUUGGGAUGCUAUAACGUCCAUCGACAAAUAUUGUCGAGUUGAAGGAGGGUUCGCUGGCCUGCAUAACGUUUACGAUCCGUCGAAGGGUCAUGACGAUGUUCAGCAGUCAUUUUUUCUCGCAGAAACACUAAAAUAUGCGUAUUUGACAUUCACUGACAAGUCGGUGAUUUCACUCGAUCAAUGGGUAUUCAACACUGAAGCGCAUCCACUACCUAUUAUGGGUCGAAUUCGGCAACUAAGUGAGCGUGCUGUGCGAAGAGUGAAAACGUUUGUUAGUCGUCCGAUCAAGGAGACAACUAUGCUACGGUUUGUCAGCAAAGUCGAGGCAAAAAAACAAGCUGAGGAGUCAGGCAGGAUUUCGGCACGCGAAAUGAAGCUUGGCGAUGAUCCAUUCCCUAAGCCGAAGUUACGAACCUCGAAGAGCCGUGAGAUCACUUCAGAGGCGAGUUCGCAUCUCCAUUAUGCAAGAGAUGGGCCCGACUUACAUCAACUCAAGAGUGUUCCUCAAAUGCCAACGAGCUACCGCUAUGGUGAUUUACCAAGCGGUUGUCAACUCGUGCUUGGUAACAAGAACAACAAAGGAAAAUUGAUUAUCGACGAUAAGCCAUUCUGGACGGAGCAGCGCAAACCAACAGAUGAAGACUUGGAAGAGAGCGGUACGGAUGACGAAUUGCAGAUGAGUGCUGAAGUUGCGUUGGAUGUAUACGAAGGAAAAGUGAAGCUCGUCAACAUGCCUACAAUACCGGUUGUCCUUGAUCCAAUGAACGAACUACGCGAGUUACAACGACGAGAUAAACUAUUCUACUCUAAGGAUGUUCUCUUUGGUAACUCCGUUCGUAGCAUGAUUAAUCUUUGUGGUAUGUAA